GUUCAUAAUUAAAUUAAACACAAAGAACAUUCAUAAACUUAAAGAAAAAAGUGAACAAGUAACUAAUAUAAAUAAAAUUAUUGAGCAACAACAAAUAUAUUUCAAUAAAUUAUUAAUAAACAAAUAUUUUGCAAAUAACAACGAUUGUGUAAUCAUAAGGCAGUUGGAUUGCAAAACAUAUUUAUGCAUAAAUUAAAUUAAUAUUUAAUAAAAGAUAUUAAAAACCACAAGUCACAGACAACAAUACAAAUCUUUAAACAAUGCAAGCCAUUAAAUGUGUAGUAGUGGGUGAUGGUGCUGUGGGUAAGACCUGUCUGUUGAUCAGUUACACCACCAAUGCAUUUCCCGGCGAAUACAUACCCACCGUAUUCGACAACUACUCGGCCAAUGUUAUGGUCGAUGCCAAGCCCAUUAAUUUGGGCCUCUGGGAUACAGCCGGUCAAGAAGAUUACGAUCGUUUACGCCCUCUCUCCUAUCCCCAAACCGAUGUAUUUCUCAUCUGUUUCUCUUUGGUGAAUCCAGCCUCAUUCGAGAAUGUACGCGCCAAAUGGUAUCCCGAGGUACGUCACCACUGCCCCCAAGUACCCAUUAUCUUAGUGGGCACUAAAUUGGAUUUACGUGACGACAAGGCCACCAUUGAGAAGCUAAAGGAAAAGAAACUCACUCCCAUUACCUAUCCCCAGGGUUUGGCUAUGGCCAAGGAAAUCGGAGCAGUGAAAUAUUUGGAAUGUUCGGCCUUGACACAAAAAGGUUUAAAAACAGUAUUCGAUGAAGCCAUACGAUCGGUGCUCUGUCCAGUCAUGCGUAUGCCCAGGAGACGCAAAUGUAAGAUAUUGUAAAUGCAUUUAACAGCAGCAGCAGCAACAACAACGUUGGCUAUUUUUUUCGUAGAGCAGGAACUCUGGAGAGAAUCUAUUGCAAUCAAUUAAGAAGAUUUUAAGAAUUUAACACAACGACACAACAUCAAUUAACCUCCAAGGGAGGAAAUUUCUUCAUAAAAUGAAGCAACAACAAAAACAAAUUGACCGAUAAGAACAAAAACACAAGUUGAAAACUGAAAACUUUAAGUCAAAAGCAACGAAAUUGUUAAACAAACAAAAAAAUAAUUAACUAAUAAUAAAAAUUAAAGUUUUCCAUUUUAUAUUUUAUGCAUAAAAACAAAACUACUAGAUAAAUAGUACAUAGAGUGAUGACAAUAUCAGUUUAAUAUAUAAAUUAUUUAAUUUUUCACUUUAGUUUUUUUUUUCAUAUAAGGGUUUAAACAUUUUUAUUUCUUCUUUAUAUUAUUAUUCUUUAUAUUUUUUUUAUUAUUUUUGAUUUUCAGUUGUGAUCUUUUUUAUCUUUAUAUAUAUGUAUGUAUUUUUGUAAUACGUAUGUAUUGUAUGUCUGUAUGUAUUUUGUAUAUUAUAUAUAUUGUAUUUAUGUAAAAUUAAGUAGAAAAAAAAAAUAAUAAAAAAAGCAAAAAAUCAUUUAA